UGAAGUUCAAUACCUAAAAUAACAACAAGGAGCCGGCAUGGGAAUUUAAAUGAUUUUUACAUCCUUUUUAUAACGAAUUUGGAUGUUAUCAAAAAUGCGCGUUGAAUAUAUUUUAGCAAAAACUUUUGUAAGACAGAAUUUUAAAUCCUAUCGACGCUUUUCGUCGUCAGGUCCUCCAUGGUCUGUCGUGUUUUUCGGUUCUGAUAACUUCGCUCUUUCUAGUCUGCAAAUGCUCCAUCAGGAAUUAAUUUCCGGACAUUACGUGAGAAAUCUGUCCGUCGUAUGCGCCUACAUGAAAUGCCCUGUCGCGCAAUACAGCAUCGAGAAUAAAUUGAACAUCAUCCCUUGGAAACCGCACAUCGAGGAUCUGCAGAGAGACAAACCAGAAAUUGGACUCGUGGUCUCUUUUGGACACUUAAUUCCUCAAUCUAUAAUAUCUGCAUUUCCAUUAGGGAUGGUGAACGUCCAUGCAAGUAUUUUACCACGGUGGAGAGGAGCUGCUCCCAUAAUUCACACGGUUUUAAAUGGAGAGACUGAAAGUGGAGUCACGCUAAUGAAAAUAAGGCCACACAAGUUUGAUUGUGGAGAAAUCAUAAACACGUCAAAAAUUAGUGUGGGGGUUAGUGAAGAUGCCGAAAGUUUGACUGCCAGACUAGCUCAACUUGGGGCUAAAGAGCUUCAGUUUUGCUUGAGAAAUCUCACUUCUAGUUUGAGUCAAGCAACACCCCAGAAAGACUCUGGAGUAACUUACGCCCCAAAGGUGAGCCCCAUCAUGUCAGCAUGUGUUUGGACUGAAUUAAGCGCUGCUCAGCUUCAUCACCGGCACUUGGCCCUGCACCACGUGCACCCGCUCCACGCCGACUGGCACGGCCAGCAAAUCAAGUUUUUGGACUGCGUCCCUUGUGAAAGGUCAACGGACUCAGCACCAGGUUUGAUAAGUUUUUCUAAAAAGUCGAAACAUCUCGAAGUGGCGUGCAAUGAAAAUAGUGUUUUGGCGAUCAAGAGUUUACAAUUGAAAGGCAAAAAGAUGAUGACGGCAAUGGAUUUUGUGAAUGGGUUUUUGAAAAGAGUGCCGAGAGACUUAUGGAAAUUCGGAAACGGUGACGUUAGUUAAAAAUCAAAUAAAAAAAACCAUUGUUAUAGUUGAAAUGUAACAA